AUGGCUCAAUCCGUCCCACCAGGAGAUAUCCAAACCCAACCAAACGUGAUCAACUCGUCGGCCCGUCGUAUCGGAUACGGAAUCAAGACGACCAACAUGAAGAGACUUGGAGUUGACCCGCCAUGCGGAGUUCUCGACCCCAAGGAAGCCGUCCUUCUCGCUGUUUCCUGCGACGCGUUCGCUUUCGGACAGGAGGACACCAACAAUGAUCGUAUCACCGUCGAAUGGACGAAUACCCCUGAUGGUGCUGCCAAACAGUUCCGUCGUGAAUGGUUCCAAGGAGACGGAAUGGUCCGCAGAAAGAACUUGCCAAUUGAGUACAACCCAUAA